AUGAGUCUCCUUGUCUGUAUUCAAAUGCUUUUUCUUCUCCUGGUCUCGAGCGCCGCCCAAAUCAUCAACCUCGAACCCGUUCCCAACUCCAUCCUCUUGGCCACCACCUUACACGCUCCGGUGAUCCUUCUCUCCUCCAACGAGACCGCAGCCGUCAAACGUGCUGCAACGUCACUCUCCAUCGACUUCGGCCGUGUCCUCGGAAAGAAUAGCACCAUCGUCUACAACACAUUAAACACAUCCACAACAUUUCCCGUCCUGGUCAUCGGAACACUAGGCUACUCGCCUCUCCUCAGGCCCCAAAACUCCUCCAUUCAGGGGAAAUGGGAAUCUUACACCCACGAAGUGACUAUGAACCCCUUUCCGGGUAUUUCUUCAGCCUUAUCAGUAGUUGGCAGCGACAAGCGUGGCACUGUCUACGGCAUCUACGCCCUCUCCGAACAGAUAGGCGUCUCUCCAUGGUACUUUUGGGCCGACGUUCCCGUCACACCCUUGCCAUCCCUUCAUCUAGCCCCCAACGGGACAAGCUACACACACGGACCCCCCUCCGUGAAGUACAGAGGCAUCUUUAUCAACGACGAAGAAACCUGCCUCACCUCCUGGGCCCGUACCCGCUUUCCUCUCGCCUCAUCCGACCGCAACCGUCCCUUUACCUCUUCUUUCUAUGCUCACGUCUUCGAGCUCAACCUCAGACUCAAGGGAAACUACCUCUGGCCCGCUAUGAAGAACAGCAUGUUCUAUGUCGACGACGUUGCAAACGGGGCGCUCGCAGACGACUUUGGCGUGGUGAUGGGGACAAGCCAUCACGAACUCAUGGCGAGGGCGUACCGCGAGCAGGAACGGGACCUCGAUGGGAAGUAG